CCAACUCCAUUAAUUAGAUUACAUACAUACAUGGAAUUUUUAGGGUUAACUGCGAUUCUUGUUGCCCUAUUGGCAUCAUUUUGCUUCCUGUUGAUCUUGACACUAACAUAUGCAUGGUGGGUUUCCCCAUUUCUAACAUAUAACAAGCUUAAAAGAUGUGGAUUUGGAGGGCCAAACCCAAGUUUCCCACUUGGAAACAUCAAAGAGAUGAAAAACAAUAAGAAUAUUAAAUCUUCCUCAUCAUCAACCCAUGAUAUACACUCACAAGUUUUUCCCUACUUCUCUUGCUGGCAGAAAUCUUAUGGUAAGGUAUUUGUUUAUUGGCUAGGGACGGAGCCAUUCUUGUACAUUGCUGAGCCAGAGUUGUUGAAGAGAAUUUCCACGGAGGUCAUGGCCAAGAGAUGGGGGAAGCCAAGUGUGUUUAGAAAUGACAGAGACCCCAUGUUUGGGAGUGGCUUGGUCAUGGUUGAAGGCAACGAUUGGGUUCGUCAUCGCCACAUUGUUGCACCCGCAUUCAAUCCCAUUAAUCUCAAGGCGAUGGCAAGCGUGAUGAGUGAGUCGACAAAUGAAAUGAUAUCUCGAUGGAGCAGCCAAAUUAAGAUUGGAAAACACGAAAUCAACGUGGAGAGUGAGGUCAUAACCCUCGCCGGAGAGAUCAUCGCCCGAACUAUCUUCGGCUUGAAAGACGAGAGCGCUAGAGGCAUUUUCAACAGGCUCAGCGCCCUUCAAAUGACUCUCUUCAACACCAAUCGCUACGUCGGGGUUCCAUUCGGCAAGUACUUCAAGGUCAAGAAAACCCUAAAGGCCAAGAAAUUAGGCGAAGAAAUCGACCAGCUCUUGUUGUCUAUCAUUGAAGCUCGCAAGGCCUCGCCCAAGCCCAAGGGUUCUCAGAACGAUUUGCUGUGUUUGCUGCUCCAAGAAAAUAAGCUCACGACGAGGGAGCUUGUUGAUGAAUGCAAGACGUUCUUUUUCGGCGGCCAUGAAACCACUGCGCUUUCUCUCACCUGGACUUUGCUGCUGCUCGCUAUGCAUCAAGAUUGGCAGAACCAAUUGAGACAUGAGAUUCAACAACUUCUUGCUCAACACAAUCACGUUAUUGAUCUCGCCAUGCUCUCUAGCUUAACCAAGAUGAAGUGGGUGAUGAAUGAAGCUCUAAGGCUGUACCCUCCAUCACCAAAUGUGCAAAGGCAAGCAAGAGACGACAUUCAAAUGGAUGGUUUAACAGUGCCUAAAGGAACCAACAUGUGGAUCGAUGUGGUGGCCAUGCACCAUGACCCGGAGCUAUGGGGACACGAUGCUAAUGAGUUCAAGCCAGAGAGGUUCAUGGAGGAUGUGAAUGGUGGGUGCAAACACAAGAUGGGUUACUUGCCAUUUGGAUUUGGAGGGAGAAUGUGUGUUGGUAGGAACUUGGCAUUCAUGGAGUACAAGAUUGUGUUAACUCUACUUCUCUCCAAGUUUAGUUUCAACAUUUCUCCAACUUACCGUCACUCACCAACUAUCAUGCUCUCUCUAAGGCCUACCCAUGGAGUCCCACUCAUAGUUCAGCCCCUUUAGACCAUUCAUUUAGACCACUCAUUUUUAAAAAGUAUAUAUAUAUAGAGCAGAUGCUUUUAAUUAAUUAUUUCUAAUACAGUUUUAGUUGGCAUGGUCCCCUGAUGUCUUCAGAAUGAACUCAAUUAUAUACAAGUAUAUGUAGUUUAUACAGGACUAAUUAGUAUGUAUUUUCCCCACUGUUAGUUCUGGAUUAAUUGUUAGCUAACUAGAGUAGCCAAGUUUUUGGGGGAUACAUUUGUUUGUUUGGGAUUUAAUUAUGCAUCCGGUAUGUAUUUGUAUGUUGAAUGAGCCUGCUCUGUGUAUCAUGUAUGUAUUGAUCAAAAUUUAAUAUCAUUCUUUA